UAAGUCAAGCAUGAACAACAAUGUUGGCGGAUCAUUUAGCAACGUAAACAGCUACCAAUAAGACGACCAUAACUCCAAGAUGUUGCAACUCAUGCCUUUAAGUGCAGAAUUGCAAAAAGUUGCAAUUGAAGAAUUGGGUGAAGUGCCUUCAAGAAUACCACAGGAUCUGGAGAACCUUAAGUUGUGGAUUAAACAACAACCCCAUCUAAGAGCACGUACCGACGAUCAGUUUCUUAUACAAUUUCUACGAGGAUGUAAAUAUAGUCUGGAGAAAGCCAAAAGUAAGCUGGAAUACGCUUUGGCUGUGAGAACGAAAUUCCAUGAAUAUUUUCAAUUCACCGAUGUGGAUGAUGUGCAAUUUCGACGAUAUCACAAUACUGGGGCCAUGAUGCCAUUGCCCACACCUCUUAAUGGUUUUGGACCACGCUUAAUAAUGGCUCGUUUCACCUUCUCUGGAAAAGAGUUUUGUAGCAAGGACAGCGUUCGUUAUAUGUCAGCAAUGAUGGAAGUCCUUGCCAUUAGUGAUCCCAUUGCUGCCAUCAAUGGUUUCGUAUUUAUCAUGGACUUUUCCCAAUGCACAAGAGAUCAUAUGAAGGAUAUAAAUGCCACAAUGAUGAAACUGCUUAUUUCGGUCAAAGAAAAAGCCCUUCCUAUGCGAUUAAAAGGUUUCUAUGUCAUAAACCUAGCACCAUAUCAGGAGCAACUGGUAAAACUAGCCCUCACCUUUAUGCCUACAAAGUUACGCCGGAGAAUUUUUAUUUGUGGCAAAGAUGUAACCACUUUGGGUGAACAUUUGCCGCAAAAAUAUUUACCCCAGGAAUAUGGCGGAGAAAAUGGUUGCAUAGAUGAGUUAUGCCUGGAAUUCAAUCAAGUCUGGGAUCAGUAUAGAGAGUACUUCAAAGAAAACUCCAAAUAUGGUGUAGAUGAGCACUUGCGUUUGGGCGGAUCUAUUUUCAGUGAUUUUGGAGAAUUUGGUGCUGGUGGCUCUUUUAGAAAAAUUGAGGUGGACUAAAGCAAAAUGGUG